CGGAAGUACACUAUAUUUUCAUUUUUCUUCUUUUCUUUCUUUAAUGCGAACCGCUUAGCCUUGUCUAUAUAAAGAGUGCGUGUUUCUUCAGGUCUGGAGACCAGAUUUAAUUCUUAUAUCAUUUCCUGACCUACUUAAUCCUGCAAUUAAAAGGCUCGUCUAGGACGUCUAAUUGUAUUUGUCUUGCACCCUCAGUCUCAAUCACGAAACACUGACACGGAGGCUAAGAAUACGAGGUCAACCAAUGUCCGUAUUUAUACGUAAAUGUUUACGCAUCUUCGAAAAAGAAGUGCAGCUAAAAGAUCCUGAAGAAGUUGAAAAUUAUCGCUGCAAUCUGUUUUGUUACCAAUAAGCGGCUUGGUGUAAGGUGAUAUGCGUCCAUAUGUGAAUUAAAAAGUCAGACUCUUUUAAAAGACUUCAAAAACAAUCUCUCGACUCGUAGUUUCAGACACGAAGAUGACAGAGAAGUGUGCCUUCCCAAAACGACCAAUCUCAGCGGCAAUUGAAAAGGCAACUGGAGUAUUUUCCCGACCAAAACUUCAGCGUCGUGCGUACACGGCUCACACUGCGAGCCARCUCGUUUCUACGGCACGUUUAUCCGCUAACGUUGCAGUUGACUUGAGAACCAGUGAUCGCUCUCAAGACGACAAACAUCACGAGUUGACAGAAGAAAGCAACUAUGUCUUUAUUACCAUAUCGCCAUGUUUAACAACAAGUUCUGAUAAUGGCGAAUUCCUGGGCAACUGUCUGCCAAAUGGUGCUGUGGCCGUUGAUCAAGACAGCAUCAGUAACAACGACUCAGAAAUCAAACUGGUUAGCAAACCAACAGUCAGGAAUGAUAAGCUCAAUGGCGACUUUUCCAUUCAAUGUUUAAAAGUCAAGGAAAUCAUYAAAGAAAUACUGAACGCACAGCUAAUGGACAUUGAAUAUAACCAUAGAGAAUGCGGCGAAAAGGGCAGAGUUAUCAGUCAACUUAUUGAAAAACGUGUUAAAGCCUUAUGCAGUGCGUCCUAUAAAGUGAUGGUUCUCGUUUAUAUUGGGGCAACACUCGAUAGAGGGAUUGAUCUUGCUUGUCAAUGCUCAUGGUCACCUCAAGUUGACGUCUUUGCUAUGGAAAGUUUCACGACGGAAAAUCUAUUUGCGUCUGUGGUCGUAUUUGCAACUUUAUACGAUGAAUUGUUCAAUGCCUAAUCUUGAACGUUCACUAGUAAAGAAGUGUGUUUGUCUUGUGGAAAAUAUAUUAAACUAUGAAUCAAGCUCUAUUUUUUAUUUUUAAGCUUUGCCGACAAGUUGCUUUUUUGGUUGGARAUUCAAUAUCAGUACCAAGCGGGAUAAAACUGAAUUACUAGUAAUUGAACCAGGGAGAGUUUUUUAAGGAAAAGGACUUUUYAAUAACAGUAUGCUUCGGAUUUCCAUAUUCUAUUUCCGAACGGACACUAGUUAAUUUAUUUUCUUUAGAGUUUAAUUGCUUUUUUCGGACACACUCAAAGAGGCUCGUGUUUGUUUUAAACUCUUAAUUAAUUGUUACUUCUCUACUAUAGAUACAACCUUUCCCCAUUACUUAUUAUAAUUCAAAGUGUUUUUUUUUGUAAUGUUUAAGGCAUGGAGAUGCACUUGAUUUUAUWAACGAGUCGUUUCAUCAUUGAAAGCUCGCUAAAAGCCCAGCGGUAGACAAACAAAUUCAAUGUGACUAUGUCAACAAAGAUUUUCUUUAAUAACUGCCAAAUCACCCACUGCAAAGUACUUUCACACAAAUCUAUUGAAUUAUCUGAUAACUGUUGACAGUCAGGGGUAAUUAAUCUGCAAAACAAAACCAUUUUCGACGUAGGAAAGCGGUCUAUUUUAGGAGAUGUCAAUAGCGAGCCACGACAGUUCACCAAGCGUGCUGUGUUCUUAGCCUCCUCUCCAGGCAGCUCUUUUUUCCUCCUUUGGGGGGUCCUUUGUAACGGUCAAAUUGGCCGCUAGCAACUAGUGACGAGAAAGCAACRAAACCUCUCCUCUCUCGGCCCCAUUCUCCCUCUUCUGACUGCCAAAAAAGAGAGGAAGCCCGCGAUUCUUAGUGUAGCCUGCA